AUGAAACCCAAAACCAAGAAAAGCGACGGGAUCGAUUCUCUCUCGUCCAAUAUCAGCAUCCCGCAGCAGCAAGAUCGCAGACGACACUCGAUCUUGCUGCUAUCAGAGUCUGUUGCGAGCAGAAGAUCGUCGUACACUAGGGCUCUGAGAGACAGUAAAUGGAGAAAGUCUGGGACGUUUUCGAAAAGUCCGCAGUUAGGGCGCAGUGUGGACUCGCGCAUUUUUAUUGACCGGGCAUCCCCCAGCUUCAAAACGCCCAAACAGCAGCACCAGGAGGAGAUCCUCAACAGUGUGAGGACCAACUAUUUGAACGACUACAUGUCUCGUAAGGCUAGUCAAACGAGCCUUUCACUGAAAGGCCAGAAUGAAUCUUCGGACACUGAGCAGGGACCAGAAUUGCUUGACAGGGACCCUAACCUUGAAAGUCAAGGAGGGCACAUUACCAGAGAACUUUACCGCAUGACCUCACCUGCUGCUUUCGGCAAGGCGGUCAAGAAGACGCGAUCUGCCGACGACCUGACGCUCGAGGAACAGCACUCCGCAUCUAACGCAAGCGCAUUGAAUGUUCCUGGCGGAUUUAGACGCGAGUUCAUUUUGCAAAAACACAACAAGGGCAAAACUAUAGACACGGCACUCUCAAGCGAGUCCGAGACGUUGCACUCAAGUUCUGUCUCAGGCGAGUCCGUGCCUGAUAGUUCUGAAAAAGUUCCAUUCCUUACAAGAAACUUCUUGGAGUUUCUAUAUGUCUAUGGCCAUUUUGCAGGCGAGUCCUUCGAAGACGAGUUCUAUACAGAUCAGGAAUCAGAGGAGCAAGCAGUUGAUGAAACGAGUCCAUUACUAGCUAGGGCUGAAGCAGGAACUGGCAAAAAAAUCUUAGUGCCAAAAUCGGCAAAAGGAACUACUUCAACCACCAAGGCAUUCCUGUUGAUGAUCAAGUCAUUUGUCGGCACUGGCGUGCUUUUUUUGCCGGGCGCGUUUUCAAAUGGAGGUCUCUUCUUUUCCCUGGCCAUGUUGGUUUUCUUUGGCAUAUAUUCCUACUGGUGCUACUACAUCUUGACAAAAUCUAAAAUAGCUACAAAAGUUUCGUCCUUUGGCGAUAUCGGGCUAACCCUCUAUGGGCCAUGGAUGAAGUUCAUUAUUCUCUUUUCCCUGGUCAUGACCCAGCUUGGGUUUUCAGGUGCUUAUGUGGUUUUUACAGCCAAAAACCUCCUCGCGUUUGUUGAAAAUGUCUUUUACUGGCCAGGCGUCACGAUUGUUCACUUGCUUGCUUUGCAGCUCGUGGUAUUCAUUCCUCUUUCAUUCAUUCGCAACAUAGCCAAGUUGUCAUUCUCUUCACUUGUGGCUAACUUUCUCGUAAUGGGUGGAAUAGUUAUUGUGAUUGGCUUCACGGCAAAACAUUUGUUUUUCGACUUGAACUGUAAACCUGCGGAAGGUAUUGUCACAGGAUUCAAUUCUCAAAGCUGGACGUUAUUCGUGGGUACCGCAAUCUUCGCGUUUGAGGGAAUUGGUCUUAUCAUACCUAUUCAGAGCUCAAUGAAGCACCCUGAGAAGUUUCCUUUGGUUAUGGCUCUGGUUAUAAUCACAGCUACGGUUCUCUUUGUCUCCGUGGCCACCCUGGGUUACUUAAGUUACGGUGCUGAAACACAAACUGUCAUUUUGCUAAACUUGCCGCAAGACAGCAUUCUUGUCAACUUGAUACAAUUUUUCUACUCAUCUGCUAUCCUCCUAUCGACUCCUUUGCAGCUAUUUCCCGCCAUUGCGAUUAUUGAGAACAAGGUCUUCCCCAAAUUCACCAAAAUCUACGUUAAGCGGAGCGAUCAUACCAAAAUUCAAUAUAAGCCAAACUCUGGUAAGCUUGAUUGGCGUAUCAAGUGGCUUAAAAAUUUUGUACGCUCUCUGAUUGUUAGUUCAGUCGUAAUUGCGGCCUACUUUGGCGCUAAUCAUCUCGACGCUUUCGUUGCAAUUGUUGGCUCACUAGCGUGCAUACCACUAGUGUAUAUUUAUCCACCUAUGCUGCACCUACGAAGCUGUAGCAAGCCGCGCUUUGCAGGUGAGAAGAGCGUUUGGAGGAAGUGGCCUAUACUUCUCGACUAUGUCCUUGUUGUCUUCGGAGCCAUCGGCAUGGUUUACACGUCAUAUCAAAGUAUUUUUGGGUAA